AGAGCGCUGCGGGCUCACAAAGCGGCUGGACGCGCGGCGGGCGCGAGGGCGCAGGCAGCCAGCCGGCAGUCAGCUCUCGCGGCGGCCGCUCCAUAGGAGCUCAAGCAACUCGGACGCGGGGACCGGGCGGCCCCCAAGAUGCCCGCGCUCGCAGUGCUGGCUGCGGCCGCCGCCGCCUGCUGCUUCCUGCAAGUGGAGAGCCGGCACCUAGACGCGUUCGCCCGUGGCGCGGGCCUCAACAAUGGCAAUUUCCUGGACAAUGACCAGUGGCUGAGCACUGUCUCUCAGUACGAAAGGGACAAAUACUGGAAUCGCUUCAGAGACGAUGAUUAUUUCAGAAACUGGAAUCCCAACAAGCCCUUUGACCAAGCCCUGGACCCAUCGAAGGACCCCUGCCUGAAGGUGAAAUGCAGCCCUCACAAAGUGUGUGUGACCCAAGACUACCAGACAGCUCUCUGUGUCAGCCGCAAGCACCUGCUGCCCAGGCAAAAGAAGGCAAAUGUAGCCCACAAGCACUGGGUUGGACCUUCGAAUCUGGUCAAGUGCAAGCCAUGUCCUGUGGCACAGUCGGCCAUGGUCUGCGGCUCUGAUGGCCACACCUACACAUCCAAGUGCAAGUUGGAGUUCCAUGGCUGCUCUACUGGCAAAAGCCUCAGCAUUCUCUGUGAUGGGCCCUGUCCUUGCAUCCCGGAACCUGAGCCACCAAAACACAAGACAGAAAAGAAUGCCUGCACGGACAAGGAGUUGAGGAACCUCGCUUCCCGGCUGAAAGACUGGUUUGGAGCUCUUCACGAGGAUGCAAACAGGGUCAUCAAACCCACCAGCUCUGACACAGCCCAAGGCAGGUUUGACACCAGCAUCCUGCCCAUCUGCAAGGACUCCCUGGGCUGGAUGUUCAACAAGCUGGACAUGAACUACGACCUCCUGCUGGACCACGCAGAGAUCAAUGCCAUUUACCUGGACAAGUAUGAGCCGUGCAUCAAGCCUCUUUUCAACUCCUGUGACUCGUUCAAGGAUGGCAAGCUCUCUAACAAUGAGUGGUGCUACUGCUUCCAGAAGCCUGGAGGUCUCCCUUGCCAGAAUGAAAUGAACAGAAUUCAAAAGCUGAGCAAGGGGAAAAGCCUGUUGGGGGCUUUCAUACCGCGGUGUAAUGAAGAAGGCUAUUACAAAGCCACACAGUGCCAUGGCAGCACAGGGCAGUGUUGGUGUGUGGAUAAAUAUGGGAACGAGCUGGCUGGCUCCAGGAAACAGGGCGCUGUGAGCUGCGAAGAGGAGCAGGAAACCUCAGGGGAUUUUGGCAGUGGUGGCUCUGUGGUCCUGCUGGACGACCUGGACGAUGAACAGGAGCUGGGGCCAAAGGACAAAGAGGGCAAGCUGAGGGUGCACAUUCGGUCUGUGACGGAGGAUGAUGAGGAUGAGGAUGAUGACAAAGAAGAUGAGGUCGGGUACAUAUGGUAGUGCCCCCAGGGAAGAGGAUGUACAUUUUGUACACAGUUGCAAGCCACUUCCUGUUCCUGCAUUUGUAUCUAAGACUCCAAGGCACCAACGUCUCUUCUCCUCUGUUGCUCUCUGUACGGAACUGAAGAUUUGGAAGACAACUGCUUGUCCCAGAGUAUUCUGAUUUUGCAUAUGGUUGUGUGGGAGAAAGGGUGUUGUUUUGGGUUAUUUUUUAUUUGCUAUUUUUUUGGACAAGAGAAUGGCUGGUUUAAAUAGAGCCUCCUUCCUGUGAGAUUUUUGCAACAAGCAUGUCAUUUAUGUGGAAUCCGACAGUGCAGGGAGCACCCACCCUCGUAAACGUCAAAGACCCUUUUUGAUCACCCACAUUGGUGGCUAUCACUGCAUGGUUCCCAGCCUUACAGCGUCUAAGUGCUUUUCUUGUGUCCUGUAAAUGUCGUGGAAAACACACCACACUGUAACUUUUCCUCCCAACCCUACCACCCCCGGUGUUUAUUAUUAAAAAAAUUAAUUUUUAUAUCACAAUAUCUGGCUUCCUACAAAUAACGGCCUUAACUCAGUCCCUUUGGGGAAUUCAUUUAUUAAAAAUCAAUGUCUGGAUGCUUCUUCCUGCAUAUACAUAAGUAUGUAUGUGUGAACAAAAGGGACUGUGUAUGCUUGCUGCGCACACACACUUUUCAAAAAAAAAGUAGCUAUCUAUUAAAAAUUCAUUUGAAAAAAUGUUUUCAAAUUUGUCAGCUCAUCUAGACCUGAAACAAAAUUUUUGGAAUAAGAAAUUGCUAUGAAAGUCCCAUUUUGCACUAAUAGCACUUGUAGCCUGCAGGCUGAGGAGGUUUCUUCUCUAUGCAUUAGCAGAGUUACUGGAAGCUUCUUUGAUUUGGGUAAGCCUCCGUUCGCCUAAAUUGUUUUUUCCUGCAGAAGCCAUGUGACUCACUGGGGCAGCUUCACAAGCCAUUGCUCUCAUUUCAGCCCAAAGCCCCACAGGCUGCAGCAGCCCUGUCUGUGCAGGGUCCUCCCUUCCCUACCUACUCAAGGGCUUUUUGUAAGGCAUGUGCAUACCCAAUGGGUUCUCUGAAAAGACAGUCCCACGGCAUUCCUUAGAAUACAACUUAGUGUUCUUUCUUAAUUCAAUGUUUUGCUUUUGGCUCCUUUUUACCCACAAAUCAUGAUAAUGCUACAAAAGAUGCAUAGAUUUAAAAAAAAAUUGCAACAAAUGAUAAACAGAGGCCUAGAAGGAACUUCAAAGUCGCAUAUGAAAGUUAUGUUUGGGUUUUCAAAAGCUAACCCCCUAACCCCCUAGAUACACAAACAUCUUGAGAUAUUAUUAAAAAAAUAGCUUUUUACCACUACAUUUCUUUUCCAAGAACUCAUUAUUUAAGUUUUAAAUCUGGUAGCAUUCUCAUCUUCACUUUCUUUAGAAUUAUCUUACACAAGUACCAAAGAGUAGUCUUCACAAUGGCCCCGUUCAGUUUUGUACUAUUCUGUAAACUCCUGACCUAUUUGUCCACUACCCUUCAGUUGCCCCAGUAGCUACCUGAACCUCUGCUCUCUAGGCCACAUAUCUUUCAAGUCUCUCUCUCUUGUCUCCCCCAUGAGCUUUAUCCAGUCCACAAGACAACCCUAUCAACUCAGGCACUCUACCCCAAAUAUAUAUAUAUAUAUAUAUUUUUUUUUUUUUUUCUAAGCAAGCCAUGAUCCCUGUGGCAGCUGACUAACCUCCCACCAAAUUGACCAUUUAUAUGCAGUAGCCCACCUUAAAUUAGCAUCCUCUGAUCCUUGCAUAGGUUGCAUAAAGUGGAUUAUCCCUAGGGUUGGUCUCAGAUGGGAAGUGAAUAUACCUGGUGUUGUUAAGUCCUUUGUCCUGAUAGACAGCAUACAUACCCUCCCUAUAUGCAGGCCAUUGGCAAGCUCUAUAUUGGGAUCUCAACCCCAUUGCCUCAGUUUCUGUAUUUUCCCCCACUCAGAUACAACUGUGCAAUGAUUUAGAAAACAGGUGCUUAAUUACUGCUAAAUUACAAUAGAGAACAUAAAAAUCAACAUAUUAAAAAAAUCUUAGCUCAUACCAUCAAAGAAAAACAUUGCUACUUGUGUCCUCUGCAUUUAGAAAAAUGCACAAGAGAACAAAUUAAAAUCGACAAAUUGAUUUCACUUAAGAGAAGCUUCUAGGAACGAAGUGAACCAUUGAUUUUAAUUUGCCUAAUUAUCUUAUGACAAGUGUCAAAUUAAGAUGACACUUAAAGAUCCUUAGCAUUAACUUAAUGAUGGAGAAGAGUGCUCAAUAGGCAAUUCCCAGGAAGGUAAUGAGAUGCCAUUUUCAGAGAUUUUUCCAAGAAGAUGUUUUGAUUCAUUAAAGUAUUAAACAAAAAGCCCUCCUAAGCCUGGGACCCAAAAUCAAUGGAGCAACAUUAACAUCACUUUUUCAUGCCUCACUUUGACACAAUGACAUUAGGCCUUUAAAUAUGAUUAGUACUUUCCACUACUAAUUAGGAUUAGAUUUUGAGUUACCUCAUCCUUCAAUGUAGAAUUUUUGUUUUCUUGUUUCUGGAAGGGGCCCUUUAAUUACAGUGACCAAGUAUACAAUAAGAUAUUGACUUUCAUAAAGAAAGAAAAUAGUCUUGUAAUAAGCCCAUCCUUUGUUUGAGGUAGGUAUUGAGUUCUAUCCUAACUUGAUUUUAGAAAUUCUUUAGUGAAGAGUUUCUUAUCCUUUAACUUCUCCUUUCAUACCAUUACUGUGGCAUCCAAGUUAAAUCCAAGGAUUUUUAUUGCACCAUUGUUAUUUCUCUCCCAUAUUAAUGUCUACAAAUGUUCUAGGCAUGGGAAAACCUUACUACUGAAUUUGAGGUUGUGUAUAGUCAUGCCCAUUUCCUCCCAUAGCAGGAAAUGAUGUAUCUGCCCAGGUCUGCCCCCAUGCUCCCCCAGGAUGCCAUUUGCAUUUGAUUUUGGUUUACCUCGACCACACUGUACAGUAACAUCCAAAAACCCUUCCUGCAGUGGGUGGUUUUGGUCUUUUUAUACCUUUUUCUCAAAGUCAAUGAUGUUUGUCCCUGUUCAAUGUGUAGCCUUGUAAUGAGAGCCCAUCAAAUCCAGAGUGUCUGUUUGUUGUCCCUAUUGUAGAUGAAAUAGUGAUGUAGAAAAACUAGUAUUCUGAAUGCUUUUCCAUGUAGACUUACCUGGAAUGUGAACACAACUCUUUGGUUUAUAGCAAAUGCUUAAUUGUAGUCCUGAGUAGGUGCAUUUCUGUCUGUCUCAAUAAAUUUUACUUUGUCUGCAACA